AUGCUUCUAGGGCACAUUUGUCCCUUGCCCAUCUUCACUGCAGCUUUCACUAAUGACAGGAAUGUAAAUUUGGGGUCCACGGGGCACAUCCAAAAGAGAUGUGCAAGCAGCAUAGCCCUUGCCUUCUCCUUCGCAGCCCUGAGCGCCGGGCGGCCCCUGCGCGGGCGCGGUGGCCGAGGGAGAUCUCCGCCGUGUGCCAGGGCGCAGCGCGUGGAGCGCCUGCCUCUCUUGGUCCUCUCUAGCGUCACCAUGCUGCCCCCGCAGCUGUACUGGCUGCCUCUGCUAGCCGCGCUGCUGCCGCCUGUACCCGCGCAGAAGUUCUCGGCGCUCACGAACAAGGCUCUAGGAGCAGGUGGCCGGGUGAACUCCAACAGGUGGGUUUGGCAGAGCCCCAUGGCAUGGGUGUUCAGGGUCUAUAGCUACUCGCAUGUGAAGGGCUACGGGUCCUAUCAGUACAGGAUAGAAGGGAGUUGGCAGGCGGGGAUGUUCGGAGCCCCCCCCCCUCUGGUGGGAAUGGACGAGUACAGGGACAAGUAUCUGGACCACCAAAUGGCUGGAUGCUGUGCGCGCCAGGGCGCGCUCCCGAGCGCGUGUGGCACUGCGGUUGACCACUCUAAGUUUGUCUCUCUUAGUAGCAGUACUGGUUACGCCAAGGCGAGAGAUUGCCUGAUGGUCCAGGACAUUGCUUGCCCUUGUCAGAUGGUCUGCUACCACAAAGGGCCAGAAAAGAAAGCAUGCAUCCCCAGACUGAGAUCUCAGCAUCUGUGCAAAAGAACCAGUUAUCGGUUGAUGAUGAUGAGGGCUGGGUCUCGAAGCAGCAAUGAAGUUGUCACAUAUGCCAGGGUGCUGGACUUGAAGCCCUCCUGGUGCACCCAGGAGGACUAUGGUGGCCAUGCCUCUCUGGCCGUACAGUUCUUGAGAGUUGACCAAGACAAAGACAGAGACUGCAGCCUGGACUGCCCCAGCUCCUCCCAGAAGCCCCUCUGUGCCUCCGACGGGAGGACCUUCCUGUCUCGAUGUGAGUUCCAGCGGGCCAAGUGCAAAGAUCCGCAGCUGGAGAUUGCCCACCGUGGGAACUGCAAAGAUGUGUCCAGGUGUGUGGCCGAGAGAAAGUAUACCCAGGAGCAGGCCCGGAAGGAGUUCCAACAAGUGUUCAUCCCAGAAUGCAAUGAUGAUGGUACCUACAGUCAGGUCCAGUGUCACAGCUACACGGGUUACUGUUGGUGCGUAACGCCAAAUGGAAGGCCCAUCAGUGGCACCGCUGUGGCCCACAAGACGCCCAGGUGCCCUGGGUCAAUAAAUGAGAAGUUGCCCCAGCGGGAAGGCGCAGGAAAAGCAGAUGAUGCUGCAGCCCCAGCAUUGGAGACUCAGCCCCAAGGAGAUGAAGAAGAUAUUGCAUCCCGUUAUCCCACGCUCUGGACUGAGCAAGUUAAAAGUCGCCAGAACAAGACCAAUAAAAACUCAGCCUCCUCCUGUGACCAGGAGCACCAGUCAGCUCUCGAGGAAGCCAAGCAGCCCAAGAAUGACAAUGUCGUGAUCCCUGAGUGUGCCCACGGUGGCCUCUAUAAGCCAGUGCAGUGCCACCCAUCCACCGGUUACUGCUGGUGUGUGCUGGUGGACACUGGGCGGCCCAUUCCUGGGACCUCCACAAGGUACGAGCAGCCCAAGUGUGACAACACAGCCAGAGCUCACCCAGCCAAGGCCCGGGACCUAUACAAGAAUCGGCCACUGCAGGGUUGUCCUGGUGCCAAAAAGCAUGAAUUUCUGACAAGCGUCCUGGAUGCACUCUCCACAGACAUGGUUCAUGCCGUCUCCGACCCCUCUUCUUCCUCUGGCAGGCUGCCGGAGCCGGACCCCAGCCACACCCUGGAGGAGAGGGUUGUGCACUGGUACUUCAAGCUGCUUGACAAGAAUGCCAGCGGAGACAUCGGCAAGAAGGAAAUCAAGCCCUUUAAGAGGUUCCUGCGGAAGAAGUCCAAGCCCAAGAAGUGUGUGAAGAAGUUUGUGGAGUACUGUGACACAGACAAUGACAAGUCCAUUACCGUGCAGGAGCUGAUGGGUUGCUUGGGGGUCACCCGCGAGGAGGGGAAAGCCAGCCCCAGGAAGCGCCACACCCCCAGAGGAAACACUGAAAGUACAGCCAAUAGACAGCCCAGGAAACAAGGAUGAACGGCUGACUGACUCUCCAAGGAAGUUCCUAGACAUGUGGGGAUCCCUCACCAAAGAGCUAUUAAAAACGAAAAAACGUAUAGUAUUUGCACUUUGUACUUUAAAUGUAAAUUCACUUUGUAGAAAUGAGAUAUUUAAACAGACUGUUUUGAUCUGUGAAAAUGGAAGGCUGGCUUCAGGAAUUUAAUCACAUACAAUGUAUGUGUCCUUGUUUGACCUUAAAGAUCUGUGCUGGUGGGGAUGGGUUUUGAAUGCAUUUCCAUUUCAUUUCCUUGUCCUUUCGUGGAGGGCCUGGUUUGUACCCUUGCCCUUUUCUCUGCCUGCAAUCUCUGUUGGCUGGCUCCCAGCGUUCCUGAUGCAAGCCAGAGGACUGUCACUUCCUUAGAGGCUUACAGGGCCAUGCAGUUUACAUGCAUGGUCACCUGGUCUAUGGUUGCCUGUUCCAUGAGGUUUUGCUGUCUAGAGAUGCCACUCGAUACCGUGGGUUACACAGGCACCAGCUCGAGCAUAGCCUUAGCCUCUAGUAGCCCCUGGCUGAGGUUCUGCUGCCAGACUGUCAUAUUCUGGUCUGAGCUUCUGCUUGAGCUUUGCCUCUGUUUGAGCCAAACCUGCUGUUCAAUCUCCAAGGAGCUGAGAGGGCCAACUCCAGAGAGUCCUUCUUCAGAGAACAAACCUAAGCCUGGCAGACUGACUCCAUCCCUCCGGCUCAGUACCCAGUCCACCUGCCUCUCUUCUAAGUGGCUGUUGCCCUUCCUGCUGUGGCCCUCCCCAGGGAACCAUGUCUUCUGCGGAGACCAUGGACCACAUCUUGAGGAAGACGCAGCUAUAAUGCAUCAUCCCAAGAGUACUGAACAGCAGGCAGCUAAGAAUAUCACUCUCACUCUCUGGAGGCCUCCAGGAUAGGAGGAAAUUCAUCCAAGGCCCUUAUGGGAUGAAGGUUAGGAACCGGAUGCCCAUGCUGGGGGAAGCUGGCCUGACCUGUGUGUAUGGUUGGCUGCCAUCCUCAGACCUAGAAUCUGGUCUCAAGAAACAACUGCAGAUCCAGGAGAGCUGGGGCAAUUCUCUCAGAUCAGGUUCUAAUGGAAAGCCUCCCAUGGCCCCCAGCCUCUCCGCAUACGCCUGUGGGUGUGUGUACACACUCUAAGGCCUUUGCUUAUUGGAACCGUCUGGAGAUAAGAACUGAAUGGCUCACAUGCAUGCCAACAUUGUCUACAAAAAAAAGUAUGAUCUCAACUGUUUUGGAUAAUCUUUUAUAUUUCUGAACCCUGAAUUUAAUCAUUUUUAUGACAUUAAAUAUGCUAUUAAAACCGUA